AUGACUCUUCGAGUCCUAAAGCUCACUCCUCGGGGUGUACUUGACUCUCUGAACCGUACCGAUGGGGUUGUUUGGUCCUCCAAUGUGUUGAGAUUAGGCCAGAAUCCAAUUGCGCAGCUUUUGGAUUCCGCCAAUUUCGUCGUAAAACAAGGAAAUGGCAAUGACUUGGGUGAUGCAAUCUGGCAGAGUUUUGAUCACCCUUGUAAUUCGUUUUUGGCUGGCAUGAAGCUUGGUAUAGACCGAGUGAAAGGCCUGGACCGGUACUUGACCUCAUGGAAAAGCACAGACGACCCUUCCCUGGGUGAUUUCACAUUUGGGCUUGAUUCUAUGGGAUAUCUGCAGCUGAUCCUGAGGAACAGAUCAGUAGUGCAGUCCAGUUCCGUCCCGUCAAUGCUGGUUUUAAAUGAGAAUGGGAUGGCUCAGCGCUUCACUUGGGUAGACCGGACCCAUGAUUGGAUUCUGUAUUCGUCCGCUCAAACAGAUGACUGUGACACUUAUGCUUUAUGUGGAGGGAAUGGGAAUUGCAAUAUUGCUAGCUCUCCAAAGUGCAUGUGCUUGACAGGGUUUGUGCCCAAACACCCGAGCGACUGGGAAUUUGGGGAUUGGUCAAACGGGUGUGUCCGGAGGACGAAACUGGAUUGCCAAGGAGGAGAUAAAUUUCUGAAGUACACCCAAGUGAAGUUGCCUGACACGAGGCAAUCGUGGUUCAACAAGAGCAUGAACAUUCAAGAAUGCAAGCAGACAUGCAUGAGGAACUGCUCGUGCACGGCUUAUUCAAACUUGGAUAUCAGAGGGCAAGGAAGUGGAUGCUUACUUUGGUUCGGUGAUCUGAUGGAUAUCAGACAGGUGAGCGAGAACAUCCAGGGUAUUUAUGUAAGGAUGGCUGCAUCAGAAGUUGGUACGUGUUCGAACCCUGAGUUGCUUUCGAUAUGA